AUGACCUUGGAUUCUGCUAUAAGGCUGAUUGUUAAAUCAGUGCUAGGAAGCGUCUGGACCUGUGGUAUCUUAACAGGUUUUUAUAGUGUAGAUGACACUAUUUCUAAUGGAAUUUUCACAGAUGAGCUGAGUUCCUGGAUCCAGCAGUCUUUUAAGCAUUAUGUUACCCAAGAAGCUAAACAACACUUUAGUGAUUAUGACAAAGAUGGUGAUGGAUUAGUGUCUUGGAAAGAGUAUAAUAUACAAAUGUAUGAUCGUGUAAUUGAUUUUGAUGAAAACGCUGUCCUGGAGGAUCAAGAAGAAGAAUCAUUUCGACAGGAGAAAAAGCGUUUUGAAAAAGCUAAUAGAGAUGAUGUUCCUGAUCUAAAUAUGGAUGAAUUUGUUGCUUUUGAACAUCCUGAAGAAGCAGAGUACAUGACGGACUUUGUCAUUGAAGAGGCUUUAGAAGAACAUGAUAAAGAUGGUGAUGGAUUUGUUAGCCUGGAAGAAUUCCUUGGUGAUUACAGAAGAGACCCAACUGCAAGUGAAGAUCCAGAAUGGAUACUUGUUGAGAAGGACCGAUUUGUGAAUGACUAUGACAAGGAUAACGAUGGGAAACUCAACCCUCAAGAGCUUUUGUCUUGGAUAGUACCAAAUAAUCAGGGUAUUGCACAGGAGGAGGCUCUUCACCUUAUUGAAGAAAUGGAUUUGAAUGAUGAUAAAAAGCUUUCUGAAGAAGAAAUUCUGAAGAACCAGGAUUUGUUUCUUAACAGUGAAGCAACAGAUUACGGCAGGCAGCUUCAUGAUGAACAUUUCUACCAUGAAGAACUUUAGAUUAUUUAUUUUAUAAUCUAUAUUUCUUCCCUUUCUUUCAUUUGAAGCUUUUGUUAAAAGAACCCACCUUUUCAGCUUUGUUGCAAGUUUUAUGCUGUAAUUAUAAUAGACUAAGGUUUGUAAAUAUAUUGCAUUUAGAAUGUAAUUACCCUCCUGCAGAUUUCCCUAGGCCUCUUGAAAAUUGAUCUUAAAUGUUUACUUCCAAAAUGAUAUAGCAUUGGGAAAGAAACUACUUCAAACGUCAUACUGUAUUGUGAAGAGUUAUGCUGCUGUACUUG